AUGGUUGUGACAGUGUUUUUGGAUUUUGGGCUGAAAGGAGACGAAUCGCCCAUUGGUCGAGUAAUAUUGGAGCUGAACCAGUCAACACCGAAAGCAGCGGAAAAUUUCCGCCAGUUCUGCACAGGCGAAUUUCGUCCAAAUGGGCUUCCAGUUGGAUACAAAGGCUGCAAAAUACUAGACGUCUCCGAUGGAUUGAUCCGCACCGGCGAUUUUAUGUAUAAUAACGGAACCGGCUCACAAUCGAUCUAUGGUUCGGCAUAUUUCCCAUCAGAGGACCUGACGAUGCCAGUAGUGAAGCACUCUCUUGUGAUGUGGAAUCAAGGCAGUCCCAACACUGACGGGUGCCAAUUCUUGCUAACUACAAAGGAUAUGCCAGAAAUGAAUGGCAAGUACCAAGUGGUUGGCAAAAUUGUCCAGGGGGGUUCUGUUGUAGAUAAGCUACGUCGUUAUUCGGACUACAGUCGGCUCUGUAUUCUGGAAUCCGGUGAAAUGUAA